AUGACUGCUGGCAAUAACCCCCGAGAAUUUGUGAGGAUUUUGAAAAUUCUUUACAAGGCAAAUGGUCUUCCUACCUUCAAUAUUCCUGAAGAAGUCUUCAACGCUCCAGGUUCAACUUUAACAACUGACCCUGUAGAGGAUGCCGACUCUACAUCCGACGACGACGAUUCCGCCACUGCAAUGCAGACUUCAGAUCCUGUUCUAGUACCUACAGCUCAUAAGACUCUGCCUCAUGUGACCCCUACUUCCGCAACAGUUCCAGUUACUAACCAUGACAUCACUGUGAACGCAGCCACGCUUUCAGACUUACUGUCGGCUCCUGCUCCACACGUUUCUCCAGCUGUUGCUGACCCUUCACCCGUCUCAGUGGCGAAUUUCGCUGCAAUCGACCCUUGGUGUGACCCUAUAGAGGGUACCUACUAUUCAGUCCCUUCUGCUGCAGUACCUACUACUGCUACUCAACCUUCAAGAACUCAACCUUCAAGAACUCAACCUUCAAGAACUCUACCCCAGCGAGUCAACACCCCUGCUCUUCAUUCAUCUGAUGAAUCGGAUGAAGACGUAUCUGUUGGAACACCAUCACCUCCACGGAAAGAUCACCCCCAAGCAGCAACACGAAACGUGACCACCAAGACCGACAAGCCCAAAAAGAAGACCAACGAUCAAAGUUUGGUGAAAUCAACAAGGAAGAAGACUACUAACGAACUGACUUAA